ACGUCUCUCUCCCCGGUCCAUUGGAGCUCUCCUAUAAAACCCUCGGAGGGAAAGCGACUCUCUUCCUCUUCUUCGCUCCCGACGCUCACACUAGGGUCGAGCCCCAAGGCUACCACCAGUUUGUGAUCAUCAAAUUUGAGUAUAAGGUUUUCUAGGGCUCUACCUCGUCAUGGGCGCGCCGAAGCAGAAGUGGACGGCGGAGGAAGAGGCCGCUCUCAAAGCCGGAGUCGUUAAGCAUGGAUCUGGCAAAUGGCGGACGAUAUUGAAAGAUCCGGAAUUUAGUGGCAUCUUAUGUUCGCGGUCUAAUGUUGAUCUCAAGGACAAAUGGCGUAAUUUAAGCGUGACUGCGAGUGGGUGGGGAUCCCGAGAGAAGGCCAGAUUAGCCUUGAAAAGGAGCCUGAAAAAUUCUAAGCAUGACGACAACUCAACGGCUACCUUUACGGUUGAUCAGGGUUUUGAUGAUCAGGGUGUUGAUGACGAAAUUGUUGAUGCAAAGCCUCUCGCUGUGUCUAGUGAACCUCUUAUGAUUGAAGGACCAAAGAGAUCUUUUUCAAGGCUGGAAGAUCUUAUCCUGGAAGCUAUAAUGAGUCUGAAGGAACCUGCUGGGUCUAACAAGACUGCUGUUGCCACAUAUAUAGAGGAUCGAUACUUGGCACCUCCUGAUUUUAAACUGUUGUUGUCUACAAAACUGAAGGCCUUGACUGCUAGUGGCAAACUGAUCAAGGUCAAACGGAAAUAUAGGAUUCCGCCGAGUACAGGGUCUUCAGGAGGAAGAAAUACCAAGUUUUUGCACCUUGGGGGGACUAAAAGGAAGCCCUCGUUGAAAACUGGUGAUGUGAUACCACUUGCCAAGCCUCAAGCCGAUGUUGAAUCAGCUCAAAUUAAAAAAAUGACCAUAGAAGAAGCUGCUGCUGCCGCUGCACGGGCAGUUGCGGAAGCUGAAAUAGCUAUUGCGGAAGCCGAAGAGGCAGCAAGAGAAGCAGAGGCGGCAGAAGCUGAAGCAGAAGACGCACAGGCCUUUGCUGAAGCUGCUAGGUCGGCUCUGUUAAACAGAAACAGAGCUAGGCUGGUGUAUGGACCUUGAUGAUGAGCACAGGAGCAACUCCCUUCAUUCUCCAUGAAACCUUAUUAGAAAGUUACUGCUGCUUUUUUGAAAUUUGUCAAUAGCCUUGUGUGUGUAUAUAUAUAUGCAGUUUCUUUGCCAAAACAAUAUCAACUGUGACAAAUCCUAGUUGGUUCGUAGCAGCAUUCUCUUUAGUCUGUAGGAAACAUGCACCCAGUUAGUUGUUUCACAAUGCAUUUGGGUUGAUGAGCUCGAAAGCAGUAGUAUAGAGUGGGUGAAAGGAUCCCCCUUCUCUUCGCACUUAAUUUAGAAUUUACUCGUCCAAAACUUGUUCUCGUCAGUGAGUUAUAUUGUACAGGAAACAAGUAUUAUCGGCAAAUAUUUACGAAGCUAAUGCGUUCUCAUCUUCUGUUAA